ACUCAAGCAGAUAGAGAAAUGGUGUACACUCAACGAACUAUCUGUUAACCCCAGAAAAACAGAACUCAUUCUGUUCACACACAAAAGAAAACCAAACAUUCCAAAAACACCGACUUUAUUCAAAGUAACCCUAAAGCUAACCACAGAAGUAAAAUACUUAGGGGUAACACUAGAUCAACAGUUAAACUGGAAAAAACAUAUUGAAACGAAAAUUCAAAAAUCUACAAUCAUCCUAUGUCAGUGCAAACGCAUGAUAGGCAAAACAUGGGGACUAAAACCGCACAUAAUGAAGUGGCUAUACCUUACAGUCGUAAGAAGCUCAGUGACAUAUGCUUCUAUAGUCUGGUGGCCAAAAGUGCUCCAAACAACAACACAACAAGAACUUCAAAAAUUCCAAAGACAAGCACUGCUAUCCAUAACGGGCAGUAUGUGCACAACACCUACGGCUGCAAUGGAAGUAAUACUAGGAAUCCCACCAUUACACCUCCACAUAAAAGAGGAAGCAACGCUUACAGCCCUUAGACUAAAAACAUGCGGGUUGUGGAAACAAACAAACACAGCCCACACUAACAUCUUAAAAGAGGGAAUACAAGUGACUCCAAGUAUGGAGUGGAUAUGCGAUAAAACACAGAAACAAUUUGUGAUGGACAAACCCUACAAAAUCAACACUGAGGAGGCCGGUGACUACUACACAAACCCUGACGCCCUAGAUGUGUACACGGAUGGGUCGAAGACUGACACAGGUACUGGAGCAGGAGUCUACUGCCAAGACCUCAACAUACGGAUUGCACAAGCGCUUGGUUUGACCGACAGUCCUCUGUGCAGAGCCUGCAUGGAGGAGGACGAGACACCGCUACACGUUAUGCUCAGUUGCAGAGGCGUAACGGAACAACGAGCAACCUACAUUGGCUCCUCAGCGACACUCCAUGAGGCUAUCGGCGACCUGGGCGGCCUGCUAAGCUUCUGGAGCGAGCUCGGCUGGAUGGAAUAAAUCCAGCGGGAACCUACACCGGAGGGACCCACGCACAACG